AUGUUCACCAAAGAGAUGUUGACCGAGCAAUUCAGUCAAGUGUUGAUUAGCAAAGAUGAAGACAGUGGAAAAGACAUUGUUUCGUUGUCUAGAUCAGAGGAUUCAAAGGAUAAUGCCGAACAAACAGUAAGGAAGCAGACUAUGCAAAAGAAUAAAAAUACGGAGAAAAGACCGAUGGAGAAGAAAAAAGAGUUGCAGUGGAAACGAGAGAAUUGUGCGCAGCCAGUUGGCAAAGUGAUUAAGUUUACUGGUACAGGACCUAAGAAGAAAUGGCACUACAAGAAAUUCGAGUUUCAUGGAAGAAAAUAUGGACUGGAGGAUUCGGUGUUAGUGAUGGGAGAGUCCGCAGACCAAAAGCCCUAUGCCGCUAUCAUAAAGGACAUUUAUAUAAAAGGCAAAGAAGGAUACAUGAAGCUUGUAGUGCAGUGGUUUUAUCGUCCAGAAGAUGUCGAUGAAGAAUAUCUCGGAAAAUGGGAAUCCAAAGGUGCAAGGGACCUCUUCUACAGUUUCCAUCGCGAUGAAGUGUUUGCUGAAUCCGUGAAGCACAAUUGCAUUGUGCAUUUCGUGCCGGAUAACAAGAAAGUCCCAAACCGUAGAGAGCAUCCUGGUUUUAUUGUGCAGAAUCUUUACGAUUUUGUUAAGAAGAAGCUGCGAAAGUUCACUGAUAAUGAUUUUAACAAGCAGCAAAAACAUGAGAUUGAUAUUCUCUUGGCACAGACGAUGUCGCGAGUUGGCGAUCUUCCUGACAUUGAGAAGGAGCACAAUAUUACCAUGAAACCUAGGAGACUGAGUCCUAUCUUGGAGAAAUUUGGUAUGUUAACCGGAAAUUUGGAUCGUGACAAUAGAUUGGAUGAGCUUCUAAAGGCGGUGAAGCACAAGUGUCGUGUAACAGAGAAGAAACAAGCUGGUGAUUAUGAUCCUUUCUGGCCAGAUGAUGCAGUUCCUGUGGUGUGUGCUCUUGAGCAUGUUUUAUUUGAGUCUUUCGCAGAGGAUAUGCCAAAGUACAAUAACAUAUCGAAGGAGCUAGUUGAUACAUUCAAGAGUUCACAAGUGCUUGCUGAACGAAUCCUCAAUGGCGAAUUAAAACCAGAACAGAACGGUCAUACUCUUGACGAGAUAACAACUGUCAUCAAAGAAUCACCACUGAAGAGCGAUGAUCCAUCCACUUCUGGUCCAAAAGUAUAA